AUGUCACGGAGCUUAUUUUCAGCUUCCCUACUCAAUCACGUUUCUUGUUGCAAAGCAGCGCCCACUUUGCGUUACUUGCGAAUAGUUUCAUAUCGGGUUUUCUUUUUUUUUUCUUUGACCAACUCCAUCAUUUUAAAUUACGAACCAAUUUCUGCUCUAGUAAAUGAUAAAAUGCACUUCAGUUUAUUUACCAGGCUUUGUAUUUAUCAAUCCAGAAGUAGUUGUGAAUAUUCCUACCCUUGGUGGUUUUUAAGUAGCAUUCAACAAAUUUGGGUACCUUGA